CAACUUCGACUCUUAGUUUUCUGCACGACCAUCAUGGUCCUUCCGUCCAAGCCUGUAUCGUCCGCGAAAAGACGGGCUUCUAAAUCCCCAGAUGCAACGCCGCUAUCCAAACGAGCCGCAUCUUCUGCGCUAGAAGAAGGGGAGCUGGAUGACUCCGAAGACCCUGUUCCACCACCAGCAUCCUCGAAUACCAAUCCUACAAAUCCCCGUCCGUCAAUUUCACUAUCUGCAGGACCAUCUUCACUCCCCCAGAAACCUACAGCAAAACCUAAAGUCGCUUUCCCGUUUAAAACAAAGAAAGCUGACUCGCAGAAUCAAGCCUCGCCUGUUGUAAAUAGUGCAGCUCUACUUUCCGGUGCAGCGUCGACAACUUCAUCUUCCGCUGCCAAGGGUGUUUACGUCAGGCCAGACGAGGAGAAAUGGAGAGUCAGCGGUGGUGGCGGCAAUGACAAACGUAGGAACGGGGAUAAUAAUCGCGGCGGUAGUCGCUGGAGAGACAGCCCAUCCAGAGAAAACGGUCGCGGAUAUAAUUCCCGUUCAAAUUCACGGUCCCGUUCGACGUCCCGCUCACCCAGUCGGCAUCGGCUUCCUGACAGACGGUCACCUCGUAGAUCAUCACGACGGCGGUCGCUAGAAUAUGACAGAUACGCCGACGACAGAGGCAGGGAUGACACUCGUUAUUAUGAGGAAAGAGACAGAAGCAGAAGCAGGCAUUAUGAGCCGGGUUACCGUAGAUCAGAUGACCGGGAUUGGACACGACGAGAUGAACGUCGUGAUCAUUAUCGACCUCAAUACGACAGCUAUCGGCCAGAUUAUUCACGUACAAAAUCUCGAACUCCUCCACCACCUCCUAGGGCCGAAUUUUCUCCUCCUUCUACCUCAUCUGCUUUUCCUAUCGACCGAGCGCGCACACCUCCAUUUCCUCCUCCACCAUUUCCGCCGUCUCCACAUUCAUCUAAUGCCCCGACUCUUUCAACAGAACCUGAGCCGUUCCCUGGAGAUAUUCCUCCGCAACCGAAGUCCCCACCGCCACCUGCUCCGCCACCCGAUACUAGGCUUAACAAUACAGCUAUUGGAUUACCAGAGAGACCUGCAAUGUAUAUGCCUCUACAUCCACACUCCAAUGCUCAAUCACAGCUUCACUCAAAUUUGCAUGCCCCGCGACCAAAUGCCCCUGCUGACUUCCAUUCACCUCCGUCGUUAAGACAUAUUGCUCACACGGACAUGGAUUCACAUCAGGAUAGAAACUGGGGUUCGUCUGUAGACCCACAUCGUGAUCCUACAAAAAAAUCCAUGCCUGAACCUCCGCCACGUAUACAGCUGUCACUGAAGCGCAAGUCUGUUUUACGCAGAACCAGAGAGGAAGAAAAAAAAGCAUUUGGAAGAGUGUUUGAGGGUUGUGGAGUGAAGGCGGAUUAUGAGGCUACGACGAAACUUGGGGAGGGAACUUUCGGAGAGGUACACAAGGCAAUCCAGAAAGCCACCAACAGGGUAGUAGCACUGAAGAGAAUUUUAAUGCAUAACGAAAAAGAAGGAAUGCCGGUCACCGCUCUUCGCGAGAUCAUCAUCCUCAAAGCGUUAAGGCACGAGUGCAUCAUCGAAAUUCUGGACAUGUUCGUCGUUCACAGCACGGAAAAUGAGCCAAUGUCGGUUUACAUGGUUUUCCCCUACAUGGACCACGAUCUUGCGGGUUUACUAGAAAACGAACGCGUCAAGCUCCAACCGUCCCAGAUAAAGUUGUACAUGAAGCAGCUUCUAGAAGGAACGGAGUACAUGCAUCGGAACAACAUCCUCCAUCGAGAUAUGAAAGCUGCCAAUCUUCUUAUAAGCAACACUGGUUCUCUACGUAUCGCAGAUUUUGGUUUGGCCAGGGCGUUCGAUGCUGAAGAAUACAAGGGGGCACCGUAUACGACAUUUGAUGGCCGGGAAAGACGGGAACGCAAGUAUACUAACUGCGUAGUCACGCGAUGGUAUCGACCUCCAGAAUUACUUCUUGGUGCUAGGAAUUAUGGUGGAGAGGUGGAUAUCUGGGGGAUUGGUUGUGUAUUUGGAGAGAUGUUCAGCCGUCGCCCUAUUCUUCCUGGGAACUCUGAUGUCGACCAGUUGGAUAGAAUUUGGGGUUUAUGCGGGACACCGAAUCAGCAUACAUGGCCCAAUUACGACAAACUCCCUGGAUGCGAUGGUAUGAAAAGGUUUACAGCAACGACUUCGAGGAGAAUCAAGCAACUUUAUGAGAGCAUUGGACCCGAGACCGUUGAUUUAUUAGACCAACUACUAAUAUGUAACCCUAAAGAACGAAUUUCAGCCUCACAAGCCUUAGAGCAUGAUUACUUCUGGACUGACCCAUUACCCGCAGAUCCUAAAACUCUCCCAGCGUACGAAGCCUCCCACGAAUUCGACAAGCGCAGUCACCGACAACACCAGCCUCCUCCUGGCCCGCCUGGAAAUGGGCCUCAACCGCCUUAUAACAAUCACAAUCACGACCGUCGUAAUCGCCUUCCCCCUCCUCCCAAUAGACCUUAUCCAAAUAGACCUCGCGGCGAUGGACAAUAUAGAAAUCGUAAUCAUCAACCGCCUCCGCCUCACGGCCCACCAAUACAUUUCUCUGGAGGGUAUGGAAAUGCUCCACCUCCUGGUCCUAUGUAUGGGAACAACAACCUUCCCCAUCCUCAUGGUUUUCCACCCAGUGGAAUGCCUCCUAACGUUCAAUAUAGGCCUGGUGCAUACAACAACAACAACAACAAUCGUAGUGGUCAUCCUCAUUAUCGAGACAAUCGUAGCGCUCCAAGAUACAACGAUAAUCCCCUGCCAAAUUCUGAUAGCCUCCCGCCGCGGCCACUGGCGCCUAUGGGUGCAUCGGGUGGAAGAAGUGGUGGUGGUGGUGGUAGUAAUGUAGGCGGGCGUGGACCAGGCUCAUCUAAUGGUGGAAGCGAUACAUUGAACUACGGGUAAGCAAGAAAUGGUGGCUAUAUCGAUAUGGAUACUAUUUAAUAGAUCAUCAUACGUAUACAUACACUGUUGCUUUUGUCCCAUCUCAUGUAUAUAUGUUGUAUCGAUAACCUAAACCACUCAAUGGAACAGCUAGGUGCAGCGCUGAUUCACUCUAGACCCACCCCACCGGAAGCAAAUGGGGUGUAUGUCGUCAUAAAGGGCGGCUCCCGCAGCCAAAUUCCGCAGUCUCAGACCUUUGCUUAUAAGCUUUGACCAUCCUGGUUAUUUUCUCCCUCAAUAUCUAUCUGCUAUACGUUGAACAUUCAAUUUAGUACGCAUUAUGCCGCAUCAUCACGGAGAAGGUCCAGGAGGCCCUGAUGGCCCUGGAGGAUUUGGAGGAGGCCCUGGAGGACCCGGCGGA